CACAGCGCCUCAUCCUCUUCUUUUAGAUUGCAAGGUCCGCGAAAAUAAAGAAUCGAAAGAACUCAGCGGUUAAGAGCUGAUAGGAAAAAAAAGAAAUACAAGGUUUUAACAUUUUUCAAGGAAAAAAUCAAUAAUUCAUAGCUCGUCCGUCUUCUUCUUCUUUUCUUCUUCAUUUGUAAUUUCUCAGCUCAAAUUUGCGUGCUGCUAAUAAGAUAUUUAAACUAUUAAACUGGCUGUUGUUUCUUGGGCCAGUGCCAAUAUCUAAAUUUCAAGAAAUUCAUCACUUCAUUUUAAGUAUUUUUUUCAUCUGUCGAACAUCAUCAUCAUCGAUCAUUAUCCUCUCUUUGUCAUUCCUUCUUCUCUCUUGCCUGACGCUGGAGCUAUUUGCUAAUUUUUCGUGAGCCCUUAAUUGAGUAUCAUUCGCAUAAAACUCCUUGGAUCGAUAUCUCAUGGCACAAAUUCAGUCGAGAUUCUUAUCCUGCAACUCCAUUUGGCCUCUCAUUUUGUUUCCACCUUUCCAUACUUGCUUUCUUCCUGCUGUGAAUGCUUCUGGCUUCUGUGCUUGCUUCACAGUUUCCUUGCAAGAUUCUUUUGUUAGAUACAUAAGAUGCCAAGAUCAGGGGGAAGUGGUGCAUCUGCUGAUGAACCAGAUAUCCCUGAAAAGUCUGUCAAGCCUGAAGAGCAGGUUGACCUUGAUGGUGACAAUGAAGCUGAGGAGACAAUGGAAGAAGAAGUUGAGUAUGAAGAAGUAGAAGAGGAGGAGGAAGUGGAAGAGAUAGAGGAAGAGGUUGAAGAGGAGGUAGAAGAGGAAGAAAUUGAAGAGGCUGCUGAUGAAGCAGAUUCGAAAAAGGGCUCAGACGGUGAAGAGGAGAUAGAUGAGCAAAGAAAACAUGCUGAGCUUCUUGCACUUCCUCCUCAUGGAUCAGAGGUGUAUCUUGGUGGCAUUCCUCCUGAUGCUUCUGAAGGGGAUUUGAAGGAAUUCUGUGAAUCUAUAGGAGAAGUAACAGAGCAGGUAAGGAUAAUGAAGGGAAAAGAUUCAAGCGAGUCAAAGGGUUAUGCUUUUGUGUCUUUCAGAACAAAGGAAUUGGCUUCCAAGGCCAUUGAAGAGUUGAACAAUACUGAGUUUAAGGGUAAAAAGGUAAAGUGUUCAACAUCUCAAGCAAAUCAUAGACUGUUUAUUGGCAAUGUCCCAAGAAACUGGGGAGAAGAAAAUAUGAAGAAGGCUGUAAAAAAGAUUGGGCCUGGAGUCAAUUCGGUGGAAUUGUUGAAGGACCCACAGAACCCGAGCCGGAAUCGGGGAUUUGCAUUCAUUGAGUAUUAUAAUCAUGCAUGUGCAGAAUACUCAAGAAAAAAGAUGUCAAACCCAGAAUUUAAACUUGAUGAUAAUGCUCCUACUGUGAGCUGGGCAGAUCCUAAAAAUGCAGGAUCUUCUGCUGCAUCUCAGGUCAAGGCAGUAUAUGUCAAGAAUUUACCUGAAGAUAUUACUCAGGAUGGUCUAAGGCAGCUGUUUGAGCAUCACGGAAAAGUCACAAAAGUAGUUCUUCCACCUGCAAAACCAGGACAUGAAAAGAGCAGAUUUGGUUUUGUGCACUUUGCAGAGAGGUCAAGUGCCAUGAAGGCAUUGAAGAACACUGAGAAAUAUGAAAUUGAUGGUCACGUUUUGGAUUGUUCCCUUGCAAAACCUCAUACUGAUCAGAAGCCUUCUGGAGGGCCAAAUUCACAGAAUUCAUCCUUGUACUCAAACUUUCCACCUCAACUUGGCUACGGUUUAGCUGGGGGUACAUAUGGUGGUUUCGGUGCAGGCUUUGGCGGUGCAGGCUUUGGCGCUGCUGGCUUUACACAACCUGUCAUCUAUGGCAGGGGACCGACUCCUGCUGGCAUGGCAAUGAUGCCUAUGCUUUUGCCUGACGGAAGGAUUGGAUAUGUCCUCCAACAGCCUGGAAUGCAAGCACACAGCUCUCCGCAGCCACAGGGUGGCAGGGGUCGUGGUGCUGGCAGCUCGAGUGGUGGAAGACGUGGUAAUGACCGUGGACGCAGCCGAUACAACCCAUACUGAUUUGGUAGUGAAAAUGCAAAGGGGGACAGUUAAAUGUUGCUGUUCGACAUUUGAUUAAUUGGCUGAUUCGAAAAGCUUUGUACCUUGAACAGAAAAACUGACGUGCUAACACGCUACGGCUUUUGCCUUGUUUUUUUCAGACUGAACUCACAGGGCAGUCUAAGUAGUUUAAUGAAUUCUCAAAACUAAUAGAUUACAUGUGUAAAAAGCGACUGAAGACAGCUUGUAUUUUUAUUUUAUUUUUUUGUAUUUUUGAUGAA